GCCCCCGGGGACGGCCUGCGUGUCCCGGGCCCGGCGGCCCGGCCCGGGGUCUCGGUCCAGCAGCUGGAGAUGGAGACCCAACGCUCAUCGCCCCUGUCGUUCCCCAGUGUUCCUCAAAAUGAAACCCUGCGUCAAGCCCCUGCUGGACCCGCCCGAGAAACUCUGCUCCAGUCCCGUGUUCUUCCCUCCAAAGAGAUCCCUUCUUUGUCUCCUGCCGUUCCCCGGCAAGGCUCCCUGCCCCAAGCUCCCAGUGCCCCCAAGCAAGAGACUUCUGGCCGAAUGCCGCAUGUGCUCCAGAAGGGACCCUCACUCCUGUAUCCAGCCGCUGCUGAGCAGGGGACUCAUCUCCAGCGCCCCCAGGCUUCCCAAGAAGAAACCCGGUAUCCACCCCCCGUGGCUGCUGACCCUGAACUCUCACUUCUCUCCCAUGCCACCCACCGUCAGGAAGCCCCACUCCGUUCCCCUGAAGUUCCUGAGAAAGACCCCCUGACCCUCUCGCCCACGGUUCCUGAGGCUGACUUGGACCCUCUGCUCCAGAGACCAGCUUCUCAGAAGGACACCCCUUUCCAGCUCUCCUCUGCAGCUCAGAAGGAAACGCCACUCCCCACGGCGGAGAUCACCCGCUUGGCUGUGUGGGCUGCCGUCCAGGCGGUAGAGAGGAAAUUGGAGGCCCAGGCCAUGAGGUUACUGACCCUGGAGGGCAGGACGGGGACAAAUGAAAAAAAGAUCGCCGACUGUGAGAAGACGGCUGUGGAGUUUGCAAACCACCUAGAGAGCAAGUGGGUCGUGCUGGGGACACUGCUGCAGGAGUAUGGGCUGCUGCAGCGGCGGCUGGAGAACAUGGAGAACCUGCUGAAAAAUAGGAACUUCUGGAUCCUGCGGCUGCCCCCCGGCAGCAACGGAGAGGUUCCUAAGGUUCCAGUCACUUUCGAUGACGUCGCCGUCCAUUUCUCGGAACAGGAGUGGGGAAACCUGUCCGAGUGGCAGAAGGAGCUCUACAAGAACGUCAUGAGGGGCAACUACGAGUCUCUGGUUUCCAUGGACUAUGCAAUUUCCAAACCAGACCUGAUGUCACAGAUGGAGCGAGGGGAGAGGCCAGCCGUGCAGGAACAGGAAGAUUCCGAGGAGGGUGAAACGCCUGCAGAUCCCAGUGCUGCACACGAUGGGAUCGUGAUUAAGAUCGAGGUCCAGACCAACGAUGAGGGCUCGGAGAGUUUGGAGACCCCUGAGCCCCUGAUGGGGCAGGUGGAAGAACACGGCUUUCAGGACUCAGAGCUGGGGGACCCCUGUGGCGAGCAGCCAGAGCUGGACAUGCAGGAACAGGAAAAUGCCUUGGAGGAGUCCACAGAAGGCUCCAGCGAGUUCAGUGAACUCAAGCAGAUGCUGGCCCAGCAGAGAAACUGCACAGCAGAGGGGAUCGUGAUCAAAACGGAGGAACAGGACGAGGAAGAGGAGGAGGAGGAGGAAGAAGAGGAGGAAGAGGAGCUGCCCCCACACCUGCAGACCCUCGGGCAGCUGUCCGGGCGGUUCGAGGCCAGCAUGUACCAGGCCCCGCUGCCGGGGGAGCUGUCCCCCGACGGCGAGGAGAGCCCCCCGGCUCUGCAGCUGGGGAAGCCGGCCAUGAGGAGGCUGGCGCCCGCGGCGCACGGCGAGCGGCACCUGGGCGAGGGCCGCGGCCCGGCCAGCCAGCAGCAGCGCAACCGCCGCGGCGGGCGGCCCUUCACCUGCCUGGAGUGCGGCAAGAGCUUCCGGCUGAAGAUCAACCUGGUCAUCCACCAGCGCAACCACGUCAAGGAGGGGCCGUACGCGUGCGCCGAGUGCGAGGCCAGCUUUCGCCACAAGCAGCAGCUGACACUGCACCAGCGUGCGCACCGCGGGCCGCGCGCGCCGCCCUCGCCCGAGCGCGCGCCCAGCCUGCACCCCAAACACGCGCUCAAGGCGCGCCCCAAGUCGCCCGGCGCAGGCGGCGGCGGCUCCAAGCCCUACCAGUGCCCCGAGUGCGACAGCAGCUUCAGCCACAAGUCCAGCCUGACCAAGCACCAGAUCACACACACGGGCGAGCGGCCCUACACGUGCCCCGAGUGCAAGAAGAGUUUCCGCCUGCACAUCAGCCUGGUCAUCCACCAGCGCGUGCACGCCGGCAAGCACGAGGUCUCCUUCAUCUGCAGCCUGUGCGGCAAGAGCUUCAGCCGCCCGUCGCACCUGCUGCGCCACCAGCGGACGCACACGGGCGAGCGGCCCUUCAAGUGCCCCGAGUGCGAGAAGAGCUUCAGCGAGAAGUCCAAGCUCACCAACCACUGCCGCGUGCACUCGCGCGAGCGCCCGCACGCCUGCCCCGAGUGCGGCAAGAGCUUCAUCCGCAAGCACCACCUGCUGGAGCACCGGCGCAUCCACACGGGCGAGCGGCCCUACCACUGCGCCGAGUGCGGCAAGCGCUUCACGCAGAAGCACCACCUGCUGGAGCACCAGCGCGCGCACACCGGCGAGCGGCCCUACCCGUGCGCGCACUGCGCCAAGUGCUUCCGCUACAAGCAGUCGCUCAAGUACCACCUGCGGACCCACGCGGGCGAGUGAGGCGGGCGCCGCGCCGCCGGGGUCGGGGUGGUGUCCUGACAAUAAAGUGAUGAAAGCAAUCAGCGCGGGGGAGUGAUUUGCCGCCGCCACUCGGAGGGGCGCGCGGGGCGACCUAGUUGGGGGUAGAACUUUCUAAUUCCCUUUUGGAUACUGUGGUUCUCUUUGAUAAUAAUAGAGUAAUUUUUAAAAAGACGAGCGUUUCCUGUUUGCCGUUUUUGUUUGCUUCUGAAGGGGGGGGCGGAGAACGUGGCCCGAGGGACGUGUGCCUGGUGUCCACGGAAAGGCUUGUGGAGAACCUUUGUGCUGUUCCUGCGUUGGGAGGAGGGGGUGCAGAUCCCGCUGGGGCGAGUUUAUACCCUGGAAGGAGAGGCAGGAGUGACAAGCUUGGAGUCGUGAAGCGGCUAAGGAAGGGAGAGGGCUCCUGGCUGCAGACCCUCGAGUGUGGCCUGGGUGUCAGCGAGGCGGUGGGCGUUCAGGACUCGGCCGCCUUUGACUAGAAUGAUGGAGGGAGAGCGACAGGCAGCGUUGUCGUGGGCUGGAAAGACGGUCCUAGAGGUACAGCUGGGUCUGAGCGGCUCCUGCCGGGCUUGGGAUGCAGCUGCCCUCAAGUGCAGCUGAUGGAGACAUAGCCACAGGGAAGAGGUGCGAGGCUGCUGGUGCCAAUCUUUGGGGAAGCCACAAAAGGCAUCAGUCAGAACAUUGUUUUUGAAGGUUACACCAAGUUUCUCUUUAAACCUGUUGAAUGCAUGAAACUGUCCCAGCUUUGGUAGCUAUUUGGAGCCCUGGUGACGCAGUGCUUAAGAGCUCAGACUGCUAACCGAAAGGUCGGCAGUCCAAAUCCAGCAGCCACACCUUGGAAACUCUAUGGCGCAGUUCUACUCUGUCCUGUAGGGUCGCUGUGAGUCGGAUCGACUCCACGCAUGGGUUUGUUUGUUUGUUUGUUUGUUUUUUCCAGUGAGGCAUAGGAGAAAUUGCAGACAUAUUACAUUGCCUGAGAGCUGUUUACUCUUGCUCUGGGUGUCGCAGUGGCCCAGAGAGCGGGCGUUAAGGGCAAUGUGAGGGGACAAUUUACGGGGAGUAGUAGAGUGCCCAGCUGACCUGAGAGGAAAGAGGUGCUGGAGCUAGGCACAGUACGUUGUGGACCCCGCUGGAGAGGCAGGUGGGGCCAGGAGACCAAAGGGGGCUCGAAAAAAGGGAAUUCGGAGGAAGAAGGUGAGACAUUGUUGAAGGGGCCAUCAGUCCCUCUCCCGUCUAUUAUAAAAAAAGAUGCAUAAACUGAAGCACAGAGAGGUGAGUGAUGGCCCAAGAGUUCAUAUUUGAAAGCAUAUAACUUCUCUGUUUACACUGCAGUUUUUCUCUGGACGAUGAUAGGACAUGGGUGGCUGGGGGGUGGGAGGAGCGGCCAGAGGAAGGAGCAGAGGCCUGGGUUGGCCCACGGGGCUGCAGAGGAGGCCAGUCCCUGUGCUGAACUCAAGAUGCAGCUGAAGAGCUGAGACAGAGAUACAGGCACGGGUAAUUAGGUUCGUGUACAGUAAUGCUGAGUGCAGAAUGGUGGAUGAACGCAGGGCAGAGAGAUGAGGAGGGAGUCUGGGGGUGGCCAGGACAGUGUCUCCAAGGAGGUGGAGUCUGAGCUGUCUGGCAGGGUGCGGAGGAUUUGUGUAGAUGAGGAAAAUGAGGAAGGCCUUCUCUGUGGCAAUAGCCUUACAAGCAAAAGUGUGGAAAGUGGGGUCAAAGUAUGAUUAGGGAUCAGUGAUUAAUUAAACCCACUGGACUGGAGAAAGGGCUUGUCUAGAAAAAACAGGGUUGAGAAGGCUGGCUUGGAAUAGGCUCUGGGGGUGCUGAGGGGUCUUGGAUUAGUGCUUCCCAAGGAUGGAGUUUGAAUUUGACCUUGAAUGAGAAACGAUUGCUGAGCAGGAGAGAGAUGUGAUGCAGGAGAAUUAACCUGCUGGAGAAGGAGACCUCGCAGUCAGAGGCAGGUGGGAGAACCAGAGUGUUAACUUGGAAGGUCACAGAUCAUGGAAGCUGUGGAUGGAGGUGGAGGGGAUGGCAGAGAGAUGGUUCCUUUGAACAUCAGGAUAUUUGAAGCCUAAAGUGAUGUUAGCAGAGGUAUUUUGGAGGUAUUUGGUGGAGAGCCAUCGGUGCUCAAACUCUUCACUAGUCCUGGAAUUUGAGGACAAAGGAGUGCUGGAGAUGUUGAUCCCACAGCAGUUUGGUAUCUAAUCCCAGUUAGAGACUUAGAGUGUAGCUCAUUGGUUACAUGCAGUUAGCAGGACAGCCUUAGCAUCACCAUUGGAAGCAAGUGGGAACAGUACUUGUGAGCCUUCCUCUCCCCAGGAAAUCUGGUUUGUAAAAGGAUUAACCCAAAUAGACUGGCAGUUUUUAUGUGGAGCUGGGCUGUAAGGAGUCUCUACUGCUCCCUCCCGCUUUUGGCUCUAGCCCCCUCUUCACGCCUCCUUCCUCCCAGGCACUCAGUGCCCUGUGUUCCUAAACCAUCCCUUUCUGCCCUGACUCCCCGCCACCAGCAUGACUCUCACUUUCCUUCUGCUAUAAUUUCAGCUGGCGGCCAGAGACCAACACCCACUAGGGGAUGGUCACUUAAGUCUGACACGCUCUAGAGUCAAACAGAUACGGAUUUAAACUUCUGACCUUGCCACUUAAUAGUUGUGUGACCUUGAACAAGUUAAUUAACUUCUUUGAACAUCAAUUUCCUCAUCUGUUAAAUGGGGAUAAUAAAGAUCCCAUUGUUCUAAGGAUUAAAUAACAUAAAGAAUGAGUCCGUAGUAAAGACCUUGGCACAUACUAAAGUCUCAGUAAAAGUUUGCUAAUUUCAUUACUAGUUUAUGUCUAAUAAUAGCUUAACUGAGUAAAAACAAGUCCAGGUAGGCGGUGUGGUAGUGUUGUAAUUAAAAUAAUGAAUCUGUGAGAAGAAAGUUUUCUUAACAGGUGGAAGCUGGAAAUUAUUUUUGUGUGAGGAAGUUCAAAUCAAACCACACAGGCAGCUGAGUGGACAGGGGUUUAAACUCAACUGUCCACCACAUGCCAGUGUCUCAGUGGGUUAGUGCUCACCUCACAGGUGUUCUGCUCUUCGCUAGGUGCCCUCAACUCAGUUAUAAAGCCAGACUUCUGAACUCCUAAGUCGUCAGUUGCCAUCGUUCUGGUGGAACUGUGUGCCAGAACAAAUAACUGCCGUUUAUUGAAUGCUUCUCACUUUCAGAGCCUUUAUACACAUUUCCUCAUAAUUCUGAAGUAUGCAUUAUUAUACCCAGGCAACAAGCUUGGGGCUCAGAGACGUUAUAUAGGCUCAAAGUCACACAGCAACCAAAUGGUAGAGCUAGGACUUAAACUCAAGUCCUUUUGGCUCCAAAGCCCACGUUUUUUCCCUGGGACCUGAAUGGUUAUUGAAAAAAGAAAAGCCAGUGCCUGUUUCAAAUUAUGCCAUUUUGCCCUCGAAUUUUUUUUUUUUUAAGAUCAUAUUGGGGAAAAUAGAAUAUAUCACACAGAGCACGCUCUGAGAUGUAUGUUUGCCAAAUGAUAAAUGUAGCAACAGAUUAAAAAAGAAUUUUAGGGAAGAACUUGGAGUUGAGCCCUACCGUUCUGCAGCUGGAGAGAGGAGUUAGCUGUCUGUUCUGGCUUACUCACGCGGCCAGUGAGAGCAGCAGGUGGAGCAGGAUGAGGUCUGGUGCCUUAUGGGGUGCUCAAUGAAGUCCUCCCUCCCCAGUAUUUAUUAAGCACCACCUGUGUGCAAAGCUGUGUGCAGGGCUCCAUGGAGAAGAACGGAAGGAUGAGAAGACUGUCUACUGCCUUGACAAUCCUUAGAAUCUGGUGGAGACUUUGUGGCCUGGUUGUCUAUACUGAGCUUUUGGUGGUCUGGAAAAGCCGGGGCCCUUAGGGAGACACUGAGGCAGCUAGCUCUGACAGGGAGAAAGAGCCAACUCUUCAUCCUUUCUGCGUUCCUCUUUUUAGUCAGUGUAGCAUUAACUAGCCAGGUGUCUGUGAAAGACCUUUCCUGAGGCACUGUUGUGGCAGCUACUCAGAUUAAGGGAUCAGGGACGGAGGCCCUCCAGGCCCUACUGUUGUCAGGGCAACAGUGAGUCAGGCCAGGGCCUCUCCUCCUGCCUUCUGGAAAGCAUUUCGCCUUCAGUAGCCUCUUGUUGCUUCCCAAUCAUAGUGGGAACUCAUAGAUUUAAAUUAAAAAAAAAAAAAUCUGCAUUUACCACUUCUAGCUGGGUUCCUUGAAAUGGGUAUUUUUAGUUAAAACAUAGAAUCUAACACUUUUAUUUCUAUAAAGGGUAACUCCAGGUUAAAAGAAUAAGGAGGGAAGGAAGGGAAAGAGAAGGUGAGGGAAUAUUAAACCUAGUCCCACUGAAAACCUUACAUGAAAACUUCCUGUCAGAAAUCAGACCUAGCCUCGGGUUUCUUAAGGAUAAUAAUAAUAAUCACUAUGAUUUAUUGAGUCUUACUUGUUCCAGGCACUGUACUAAGUAAGUGCUUCUUUCAUCUUGUGACAACCUGUGAAAUCCGUAUUUAUAUCCCCUUUUACAGAUGAAGUUUGGAGAGGUUAAGCGAUUAGCCCACGGCACAUGGCCAGAAUUUAAACCUGAGUCUGUGGGACCCAAAGUAUGUGCUGUUAAGUGCUGUUAUAUACUGCCUCCCAAUUUCUUCAACAUGGAUCCUUAAUAAAGAAGGCAAAACAGUUCUAUUUCUCUCUGAUUUGCAGCCCUGACUGCCCUGUGGACAUUGCGUGGAAGCUCUGACCCUGGUUGAAAGCAGGCAGCUGCUUGCUGGCUGGCCCAGCCAGGGCAGUGUUGGGUCGGGCGGCACCGUUCGCUGACCAGGGUGGAACAGAUGUUCCCAGGAGCCUCGAUGGCUGGGGCACAGAUCUUGCCCCAGUGUCAGACCGAGCCCCUCUCUUCCUGAGGGACUUGGGGAAGACAGCUACCUGUUCAGGCAAGAGGCCCCCCUUCUGUGUUUCUCUUGGGACCUAAGAAGCCAUUUGCUGAGCAGUCGGAGAAGUAGUUGGCUGAGGAAGAUUAUUAUAAGGGAGAUGUACCUGCUCCCUUAGUAAAAGAACAUGCACACCCUGGCUCUAAUCCUCUAGGCAUGCGCUACCUUUUGGGGUUCUCACCAUUCCCUCCACCACUACCCCAUGAAUGAAACCCACUGGUUUUCUUUCUAAAACAAUCCCUGGAUUCUCAAAAUAACUCGUGUAUUAUAAGACAGGAGUGUCAUGACUGUCUAUUAAUUAGGGUAAUGGAAAGUUGAAUUUUAAUGACAAGAUAUACCAAUGAAAAUUCCUAUCCCUACCAGUAAUUUUAUUUAAAGAAUGAAUAUUAGGACAACAGACUGUUUCCUUUUAUAAUCAGUACAAACUAAUAAGUAUAAAACCUUUUUAAGAACUAAAUUCAAUCAGUUUUUUAUUUACAGGAUAUACAAAUACUAAAAUUAUGCGUUCAAGGGAUUGAAAUUAAUUAGAUUUAAGCUAAACUCAAUUAAGAAAAUUAAGCAGGUUAUGAAACAUGACAUUUGCCAUUCUUCCACUGACAGUACAAUCCACUCCAUGGUUCCUUAUCCGUUUUUUCUGUAGGUAAGUUAUUUAUACAAAAUCUAAGAUCUAUGAUAAAAUUGUUAUGUAUGUAUUAUCCUAUUUUGAUUGACAGUCAUCACUGAAAAUUAGCACAUUUACUGUGUCAGAAGUAACGGCCGUAAGUUGCUUUGCAUAGAUUCCCCUUGAACAAUUUAAUAACAGUGAAUGUACAAAAAAAGAGUAUUAGUGUUUUUUCCUCCACUUUCAUCUAGUGGAUUGCUUAGUUUAUCUUGAAUUAAUCAAUGCCUUACCAAGCCAAAGGUUUGUUACAUAUUUUGAAAUAAAUCUGGAAAAAAUUAAGCCUCAAACUUUUCAGAGUACUGCUAAAAAAAGCAAGUCAAUAUUCAAAUUAAAUUAAGCCCAUCUUUAGUAUAUUAAAUUCAAACAGUAGACAUACACACACAUUGAGAGAAAUAGACACAUUUUUUCUUGCCCAAAUUUGCGCCAGCUCGUCAGAGUCUCGGAACAAGAAUUAAUCGCAUGCAAACAUGCUUGGGUUUUCAUUCCACCAAGAAGGUUAACUCACAUUAGUAUGCAAUAGUCACAUUAUAGAACUUCAGAAUUUUAUUUAAAAUCGCUCCCGUGAAAAUAUCAUUCUUUUUCUGAGUGUAAAAGGAAUUUCUGAGCUCUAAACAAUAAAAAUUAUCUUUUUGUUAAAGGAGCCCCUUAUUUCUCAAGGAGAAGAUGACAAGUCUCUUCCAUGAGUGUAACAAAGUCCAUUUCCUUUAACGCCUUGUAUGAUGUCUCUUAACCUGUCUCCACAGCUGUGAAAUUAAAUGAUUACUUGGAAGAGUUCAUCCGUUGUCUGUAAUAUAGUACUGUAUUUUAGAAUCGAUGUCAGAUUCAGGACACAAAAUCUUUAUCAAAUCUGUAAUGACUGGCCAAAUUUUUGACUUUCGUUUUCACCUCCAGAAUCCCUUGUUUAAAUAAAAUUGUUUUCAGAAGCUAAAUCCAUAAAACAACUAAGGCAGAGAGGCUUGGGUUGGGAGAGGGAGGCAGCCAAGCCUACCUUCUCAGCCAGCCCCCAAAAGUCUUGAGAAGGGAGCAAGCUUCAAAAACCCUGUCCUGGGCAUGUCAUGAUGACUCUUUCCCUUGCUUGAACCUUUCCCAGUCUUAAACUCUGUAUGUUUAAUUUAUUCAGUGACACAUUCCAGCUUACUUAAAUCUUUGAUGGAGCAGAGUGUUUCUUAAAUUCAUUUCUUCCUUUCAGUGUAUAAAUGCAUUUCCAUUCACCAUAAACUCUAGUAGUUGGCAGAUGUUCCUAUCAGUCCCUAUAACCUUGCCAGUGAAACCUCAUGCGCUAACUUCCACCAAGAAUUCCUAGAUGUCAGGGGACAAUAGUAACACAGAUGUCCUGAACUCCAUCAGCAAGUUACCCAAAACCAAAUCAAAUCCAUUGCCAGCAAGUUGAUUCCAACUUAUAGAGACCCUCUAGGACAGAGGAGAACUGCCCCAUAGGGCUUCCAAGGCUGUUAUCUUUACAGAAGCAGACUGCCACGUCUUUCCCCCAAGGAGCAGCUAAUAAGUUCAAACCAUUGACCUUUCUGUUAGGAACCAAGUGCUUAACCACUGCAGCACAUACUAGAUAAUAAAUGUUAAGUCAAUGAAUAAGCACAGGUGACAAGGUGCAAAAAAAAAACACAACGCUCUGCCCAGCUGGGAUGGAGACUAUAUUCUUCACUAAAGCUAAUCUAAAACUUUUAAAAGAUAUUAAAAACCUAUCUUAUCACUCCCUCUGCUAUUUCAGCCCAAGUAGCAGGUAGAGUCCCCAGGACCCUAUGAGGUAUAAGCAAAAAACCAAACCCAGUGCCAUCGAGUCGAUUCCGACUCAUAGCAACCCUAUAGGACAGAGUAGAACUGCCCCAUAGAGUUUCCAAGGAG